AUGGGCAAUGUAUCAACAUCUUUCGCACCACGUUUAACAACGCAUAUUCAUACGAGUAGUGGUGCCAUGUUUCGUCUAUUCUAUUUCGAUUUGGUUGAUCAUAUUUUGUUACUUCGGCAAGUGAUCACUCAUCCGGAAAUGAUAGAGAAGGGAGACAAAUUAGAAUUUUUCAUCCAAGACUAUUGUCAUCGAAUGUCUAACAAUCAGAUGAUGAGUAAACGUCAACAAUCACAACUUCCAUGGCAAAUCGAUUGGAUUUGGCACGUACACCGUCUUCAUCCCAUAGCAUAUUACAAUGAUUGUAUUAAACAAAUUCCCGGCAGUUAUUUUAUUGAUAAGAUAGUUCGAAAGUUAACAGUUGAUGAGUAUCAGAAACAGAAUGGUGUUACCUCACGGAAACCAAUCCAUAACCAAGCAUCUUUCAUUCCUUCAUUCGAUAUGAUGGAAGCCGUACUGCGUCAAAGCGAUUUUCUUGAAAAAUUUGUAAAACAUAAUUUCUACUCAUUGAACUUGAAACACAUGGAUCUGAUAUCGUUCGAACAAAUUGUAGAAAACUAUGUAUCAUUUAUGAAAUUAGCAAGAAAAAACACAAUGAUCGUUCCAACAUUUGAGAUAGAUUUGAUGUGGCAUACGCACAUGAGAUAUCCCUUGAGUUAUCUGGAAUUUUCUAAAGCUUUAUGUGGUUUUUUACUUGAUCAUGAUGAUUCAGUAGCCUCAUCAUUACUAAAGGAUGCUUACCAAGACACAGCUGAUCGAUGGAAACUAACUUAUCAUUCAGAAUAUGAUGCAGCGGUUAAUCAAAAUUAUUCACGAAAUUUUCUUGAUAUCAGCCGUUGUGCAUCGAUUUACAAGUCUGAAGAGAGAAAACAAACAAACCGUGGAAAAUCCGGCGGAUGUGGAGGAUACUUGGGCAUUGUCGAUGGAGGCAGUGAUAACGAUGGAAGUUCAUGUGGAAGUAGUUGUGGAGGAGGAGACUAA